GGUUGACAAAACGAGACACGUACAGCUGAUCCAUCUAUGAUCUAUCCAUGUGUCACCAUGCAUGUAUAUAACCGACUGUUUGAGCUUACCGUUUUUAUUUUUUCUGUGAAUAAGAAUUUCCUAGAAAUUCGAAGCAGAAAUGCUUAGAAAAUCAAUCCAGUUCCGGUUUCGACAAGUCAGAUUCGUUGUGUUGUGUUGUGUGUCUCUUUGGUUGCGUGCUGCAUAAAUAACUCAGGAGUAAUCUCGUUCCUCUGCUCUUCUUCUCUGCUGCCUUGCGCCAUUGCUUCUUCUUCGGGAGUUCAGUGGAGACGGUGGCUUCCGUUUCAUUUCAUCCCCUUUCCAAUCUGAGUUUUUCUUAGCUUAACACAAGAACUUGUGAGUGAGUCGUCAUUUUUGGAUUCAGAAUUCCGAGGUCAUGUCCAACAGCAGUGGCAGCAGGGAGAGCAGUUUGGAUGGUAAUCGAGACCGUAACGCUGCCCAUUACAUGAUGCCGGCGUAUGGCAAAACCGGUGAUCGGCCCGUCGAUGAUGACCGGUUGGUUACAUAUGGUGAAAAUAAUAACACUAAUGGGGCUGGGAGUAUGGGUGGCACUGAAUUCAAAAACCUUGAGGAGGAUGCUGCCAUCUGGAUACCGCCUGAGGCGGCGGGCACCGAGGAUCAUGAUGUGGUUGCAUACAUAAACGAUGACGACAACGACGAUGAAUGUCAUGGUGGUACUAUGAACUGGGUGCAGCAGAGUUCCAGUGACUCUGAGCCCAGCAGCCCCAGUACUACUCCUAGGGAGGAGGAGCGGCAGACGGCGAUGCUCGAUGCCAUCAACAGGCAGCUCAAGAUGCUUGUCGGCCGGUCUCUAGCAUCUGCUGGCAUGUCCUUGCCCCAAGGAGAGGAGGAGAGCUGGCUUGAUAUUAUCACCUCCCUGUCCUGGGAGGCUGCUCUGCUCAUCAAGCCUGACGGCAGCGUCGGGAACCAGAUGGACCCUGGGUCCUACAUCAAGGUCAAGCGUGUAGCAUCUGGUAGACGGCGACAGUGUGAGGUCAUCAAAGGCUUGGUCUUCAAGAAGUGUGCAGCUCAUAAGCACAUGCCUACCAAGUGUCACAACCCCAAGCUGCUUCUGCUUAGAGGCGCCCUCGGGGAUUCUGAUGUGGGCUUAUCGUCAUUUGAUUCCAUGGAACAGGAAAAGGACCAUCUUGAAAAGGCUAUCAGCCAAGUGAUGGAGAUAUGUGCUCCAAAUGUUAUUAUGGUCGAGAAAACGGUUUCGCGUGACAUACAGGAGCUUCUACUGAAUGAAGGUGUAACUCUAGUGUUUGAUAUGAAGCUUAACCGGUUGCAAAGAAUUGCUCGUUAUUCUGGUUCUCCCUUAGUCUCAGUUUCAGAAAUCCUGAGCAUGCCAAAGUUGAAGCACUGCGACUACUUCCAUAUUGAAAAAGUUGCCGAGGAGCAUAACAUUACUGGUGAAGGUGGGAAGCGGCCAUCUAAAACAUUAAUGUUCUUGGAAGGUUUUUCCAAGCCAUUAGGAUGCACGAUACUACUACGAGGAGCAAAUAGUGAAGAACUGCAGAAAGUCAAGCAAGUCAUGCUCUACACAGUAUUUGCAGCAUACCACCUGGUUCUUGAGACAUCUUUCUUUGAAGAUCAGAGGGUAUUCUUGAAUGAUGGAUAUGCUUCCAAAGAAGGAAAUUAUGUUGGUAUGAAGGAGGUGUCACCAGUAAUUAGUUCUGAAAUUCAUGUUCUCCCAGAUGUAUCUCUUCCUGCCAGUCAUAUAGAGAAUGAUGUCACUCAUAACAGAUCAUUGGUACAAUAUACUGAUGGGGAGAAAACUGUAUCUUCUGCAAAUCCUGAUGCAUUGAACCCACCUGAAAAUGGCUUCUCGAGCGAGGUGGCGGGGGGUACAAUCAUCCAUCAUAAUUCAAAUCACACACUUCCUUCUGAAAAAUUGAUCUCAUUACCCUCAAGGUCACUGAGAAAAUUCAUCGAUAUAUUCCACCACCAGAAUAUUUACCUACCUGUCACUUCUUCUCAAGAGACAACCAAUCAUCAUAAAGAAGGAAGACUUGAACCCAAUCCAGAUAUACCAAGUAAAGGUUUUCAUGCCAGGGAAGCAACAGAAGAACCAGUUAAUUCCUGUGAAAACAUGGACAAUUUGAAUGAUCUCCAGAAACAAGUAAUGGCCAAAACGAAUCAACAAAUGAGACUGGCUGAUAAUUUAAUUAGUGGAAAGCAUGAACAACCAUCGGUUACAUUGGAAAACAGGAACCAUUACGGCACUGCUUACAUCAGCGAAGAGAAAACCUCUGGCAUAGAUGAUGAGGCUGAUGAUGUGUUGGAUUCUCAAAGCAUACUGGUUUUGAUCUCCAGCCAAUGCAUCCCAAAUCAGGUCACUUGUGAGCAGAGUCAUCUGUCCCGUAUAAACUACUAUGGAAAUUUCGACGUGUCAUUAGGACAAUAUUUGAAGGACAUUUUACAGAACAAGAACCUAAGCUGCUCAUCAUGUGGAGAGCCUCCAGAGGAUCACAUGUACUCUUACACCCACCGCAAAGGAAAUCUGUCUGUUAUUGUGAAGCGUUUGCUGCCUGAGCAUCGUUUGCCUGGGGAAUCCAAAGGAAAAAUUUGGAUGUGGACUAGAUGUUUAAGAUGUGAGCAUGAAAGUGGGAUCUCCAAAUCAUCUCGAAGAGUGCAGAUAUCGCCUGAGGCACGUAAUCUCUCGUUUGGGAAGUUCCUUGAACUCAGUUUUUCAAGCCACUCUGCUGCUAGGAGGCUAUCAAUAUGCGGGCAUUUGGUGAAUAGGGACUGCUUACGCUUUUUUGGGUUGGGUUCCAAAGUUGCAAUAUUCCAGUAUUCAUCAGUCAAAAUUUACACCGCCUGCAAACCACAACGAACUCUUGAGUUCCAUAGCUCCAGUACGCGCGAGUUGUUCGAGCAAGAGGCAAGAAAUGUUCUUGAUACUGGGGUUAACCUUUUCACUGAAGUCGAAACCUUACUAAAGCACAUGAAGAAUCAAUUUCCUAAGGUGGUUCUCAACUGUGGCACCUUCCUAGAAUUUUCUCAACUCGAAGAGAUGUUGAUUAAAGAAAAAGCCGAGUUUACGGAUUCUCUGGUGAAGGCUGUUGAUCAACAUGGUAUUUCUAGAUUCUCGGUGCAUGAGAAUCUUGAUGUAAAUUGGCUCUAUCAGGACCUUCUGCUUCAACUAUAUGUGUGGGACUGUCGGUUGCAUCGGCUUCUAGUGUGUACAUAUACUGGAAAAGAAAGAAUGAGUAAUGGCAUGAAGAAGGUGACUGUUGAACUUACUGAUGACCGAACAACAACAGUUGCUGAGGCAGAUGAUAAUGAGCCAGUGCAGUUCAGUGAACUGGGGAUGAAUGGACAUGCAUCAAUGUUGGUUGAUGAAACCCCCCAGGAUAGACACUAUUCUGUAAUCUCAGAUAGCUUGGAUGUGCAGGGGCAGGGCAAUGAGCGGAUCACACAUUCGAUGUCCGUUAAGCAACAUUCAUUCGAUAUCCCUCGGUUCAGAAUUUCUGAAUGGGAUGACAUGGAAAGAUGGAUUUGGAGUCCACUGUAUGAGUCAAGAUUGGUUUAUAGGCAAGAACUUCAGGCUGGAAGUUUAGAAAAUUUUGAACUUGUUAACCGCUAUUCUCCAUCUCAUUUGUCCACCUUGAACAAACAAUCUGCUGAAGAGGUAUGCUCUCGACGGUUUGUAGUCGGCCCAGGUGGUAAUGUCUUGUCUAUAUCAGAGGAUGAAAUAUCCAGCAUAGUCUCCCGUGCUCUUGCCGUAUCCGAGGACCGACGCCAUUUACUGGAUUCUAUAGUCGAGAGCCAAGCAUCGGACACCAUGGGAGGAUACCAUGCUAAAUCAAUGGAGAACUUGUCAUCUGGAGGUUCUUCUCCCUCUUCACCCUGGUCAUCUAACGAAUCUUCAGAUUCUGAAGCAAGCUUUUCAUCUGACGACCUCUACAACUACGACAGCUCGCUUCUAUCAUCCUCUCUCCAUCCUGAAAUAUAUGUCAAUGGAAGAGUAACACUCAAACAAAAAUAUUCAGUUAUCUGUGUACAUGCCAAUCAGUUCUACACUCUCCGGAAGAAAUGUUGCUCAUCUGAGCUUGCCUAUAUUGCUUCCUUAAGCCGGUGCAAGAAGUGGGACGCUCAAGGCGGAAAAAGCAAGGCUUUCUUUGCAAAAACAAUGGAUGAUAGGUUCAUCAUAAAGCAAAUAAAGAAGACAGAGUUCAAGUCUUUCAUAGAAUUCGCGCCCGAUUACUUUAAGCAUGUUUACCACUCUCUAGACACUGGGAGCCAAACUUGCCUUGCCAAAAUUCUAGGAAUCUAUCAGGUUAAGCAAACACGACAUGGCAAGGAAGUGAAGAUUGAUCUGAUGGUGAUGGAAAAUCUUCUCUUUGGACACAAUAUUUCACGGAUAUAUGAUCUUAAAGGUGCCGUUUUUUCUCGAUACGUCACCAACUCAAGUGGCGGUGAUGCUGUUUACCUGGAUCAAAACUUUGUCGAGGAUAUGCGUGUUUCUCCUAUCUAUAUUGGCGGAAGAACAAAACAUCUCUUGCAACGGGCAAUCUGGAACGACACAUCUUUUCUCACGUCAAUUAAUGUUAUGGACUACUCUCUACUUGUGGGAGUAGACAACGAAAAUCAUGAGUUUGUAUUUGGCAUAAUUGACUACCUGAGGCAAUACACAUGGGACAAGCAACUGGAGACAUGGGUAAAAGCUUCUCUGGUGGUGCCAAAGAAUGUUUUGCCAACCGUAAUUUCACCCAGGGAGUACAAGAAAAGGUUUAGGAAGUUCAUGACCAAGUAUUUCCUGACAGUUCCAGAUGAUUGGAGUAUGCCGAAUCGUUCCGAGUCCUGCAAAUAUUGUGCUCACAGAAAAUGCAACUUGUCGAAAGUUGACAGUCAGAAGCCUAAUCAUCAAACUGUGGCAUGCGUUAUUCAGUAAUGAACUUGUCGUGGUAUAUUCCGGCUUAAGCUGUAGUCUGUUAUAUCGCAACAGUGUACAUAGAAUGAGUGCCUCAGUUGUUAAGUUUCUUCAAAAAUUUGCGCCUUUUAGGAAAACCUUUUUUUGGCGCAACUGAGGUCCACAAUACAUGUACCUUGCAGUUUUUGGUUGUAUUCAGUUUCACAACAAUUAUAAUUAAAUCAUAUUUUGUAUAUAUAUCACUUGUCGUUCUACUUC